UGAAUAUGGUGAUUAUGUACUAACCGGCGUGAACUCUUCGGUGAUGUUUGGAAAUAGAAUAAUAGUCUCUGUAGGAAACAUGUCCGCCUUGUCAAGAGUUCCUGGGACGAUGAUGCGCCACGUUCUGCGGCGCUGCUGUCAAGUCAGACGCGUUUACAGACUUCCACUGACGGUGAAGCACUAUCCAGUUUUACAGCAGUGUGCAACAUUUAGAACCAUAUGUAACGUGAGGAUGUGCAGUGAUCAACAAAGUAACAGUCAGAUAGCGCUGAAUGAGUACCACCGCAUCGCAGACGACACCCUGGACGGCCUGGCAGAGUAUCUAGAGGACCUGGGGGACCAGGACUGCUGCCCACCUGACUACGAUGUACAGUUCUCCUCAGAUGUCCUGACGCUCAGACUGGGGGGAGACCUGGGAACGUACGUCAUCAACAAACAGACACCCAACAGACAGAUCUGGCUGUCUUCACCUACCAGUGGGCCCAAGCGGUACGACUACUCCCCUGAUAGAGGCAGUUGGGUGUAUCGCCAUGACAACAACACCAUGCACAGUCUGUUACAGGAGGAAUUGGCAGCUGCACUCCAGCUCGACAUCAAACUGAAACACCUGCCUUACAGUGGAGGGAGUCACUCAAGCUGACUAGGACUGGAUAAACGUAGUGUCAUUGCUAAUUGCAAGUUCCAGUGAUGAGGUUUUAUAGACAUUAAUAUUCAUGAUUCUUGAAUCAUGAUUCAUGAUUCUUUUAAAUUCAUAUUUAUUUGUUACAUGAUGUUACUAUAAAGAAACCAUCAGAAUCUCACUUGACUGUUGCUGCGUAUUUCCUUUAUUACCAAGGUUGGACGUUGAAAAGCAGAGGACAAAACGGCGAUGUUAUGAAGUAUUCUGCGUUGGCAAUGCCUUUUUUCUGUGUGUUCAUUUGUUCGGACCAUCGUAGUGCCUAGUAGCACAUAAGUAUUGAGAUAUUGAGUCUGUGUGUGUGACUACUCACC